AAAAAAGCGGUAAGAGGUUUUAAAAAGUUGCUCUACACAUAAUAUAUGAUUUGAGUGUAUGUCAACUUAGUCCAGUAUAAUAUUAAAAGCUAUAAGCAAAUUAAAAAAGCCCAUGUUUUAAAUUAGGUCACUGUAUGAAAUAGUAAUAUAGACACGAGGGCGGAAGUCGGCGACGUCAUCAAAACAGUGAGACAGGAGGACAGGAGGAGGGAAAGCAGCUCCUCUCUGGAUGUGACACGCUUACAAAUACAUAGAAAACAACAGCGCGAGCAGCAGGACAUCAUGAUCCGGCUCCAGCAGCGCGUCUAGCCGGACCGAGCCAACCGGACGCAGGACUUUCUCCGUCAUUUUCCCCCUCUUUCCUCUGAGCGGCAGCGCCAUGGUGGAGCAGUCGGACCAAGCCCCGCUGCUGGACUGGGAGGAGAUCCCGCCGUCCGAUCCGAACCAGGCGGCCCCGCCGCCGCCUGCGCCGCGCCGACAGAGAGACGCAGCGCCGGGGAAAAGUUCGCCGACGGCCGGGCAGCGACCGCAGUCAGACACUGCGGCUGGUCCUGGGUGGAGCAGCGGCGGCACCGCCGCCACCACGGCCGUGACCAUCACCUGCGGCCCCGCGGAGACUGUAGCAGCUGUUGUUGCCAGCAGGAACGGAAGCCCGGGCCGUCCGCACGCCGAGCUGUCGGCGCGCGGGUGGAGGCGCCCGGAUCCCGUCGGAACGGAUCGUAAUGUUCCCUUCACUGGACUCUCGGCGAGGGACCAGUGGGAGGAAAAAGACCAGAUCGUGUCGGUGUUUGUGGUCACAUUUGAUACGAGAUCAGGGAACAUGGUAGAGUGGUGCUUACCUCAUGACAUGAACUUGGAUGGAGUCGAGUUCAAGUCAAUGGCCAGCGGUUCCCAUCGGAUCACCAGUGACUUUAUAUAUUUCCGUAAAGGCUGUUAUUUCGGGCUGGCUUGUUUUGCCAACAUGCCCGUGGAGAGUGAGCUGGAGCGAGGAGCCCGGAUGAAGUCGGUGGGAAUUCUGUCUCCUUCCUACACUCUGCUUUACCGCUACAUGCACUUCUUGGAGAAUCAAGUCAGACACCAGCUGCAGUGUCCGGGCCAGUACUCUCCGCUGGAGGCCUUCUACGAGGACAAGAAGGCAGUUCUUCCUCCCACAGGAAACGGGCUGGUCACCGCGUGUCCGACCUGGAGCGUCACCACCAUCAACCGCUGCAUGCACCCAGAAAUGAAGAUCACGCACCCGGCCGGCUGCAUGUCCCAGUUCAUCCAGUUCUUCGGGGAGCAGAUCAUGGUCCUGUGGAAGUUUGCGCUGCUUCGGAAGCGUCUCCUCAUCUUCUCGCCUCCGCCUGUAGGUGUCGUCUGCUACAGGGUUUACUGCUGCUGCUGCCUGGCCAACGUGUCUCUGCCCGGCAUCGGCGUGUCGGUGCCUGAGUUGCGGCCGUUCUUCUACGUCAACAUAGCGGACAUCAGCGCCCUGGAAACAGAGCUGUCAUACGUGGCCUGCACCACGGAGAAGAUCUUCGAGGAGAAGAAGGAGCUGUACGACGUCUACGUCGACAACCAGAAUGUAAAGACGCACAGGAGCCAUUUGCAGCAGCUGCUUCGAUUAAACGCAGCAGACAAGGAGAAGUACAGGAAGCUGAGUGAACAGAGGCAACAGUUCCUGUACUCCCAGGAGGUGGAUGGAGACUGCACGUCAAACGAGGAGGACCUUUUCAUCCUGUUCUUCAUGGAGCUGAACAACCGCAUCUUUCAGACCCUGUCCGAGGUUGCGGGGAGCGCCGAUCCCACCCUCACGGCCGAGCACGUGAGAGGCAUGGGGCUGGACCCCCAGGGCGAUCGCUCCUUCCUGGUCGACCUGCUGGAGGUCUAUGGCAUCGACGUCACGCUGGUCAUAGACAACCUCUGUUGCUCUUAAGCCUGACACUCGGGAUGCCACUGGAUUAAUGGGCCUUCAAGGCCUACACACUGGGUGUCCGUUUGCCCGUCUUUAUGUGUCUCAUCUCACCUGUGGAGACUGUUUGCAAUCAAUGUGGACCAUCAGGACACUUGAUGUUCACGGAGGCAGAGAAUCACCGGCCCAGCAGACCGCGCCGUCUGGCAGCUGCGAACUACUGGGGCCAUUCACAUCCCGUGUCUCACUGCACACAGAAGAUAUGUGAGUUCUUUGACUGAUUAUCAUUGUUGUCAUAUCAGCUGACUGGUCAUUAGUCCACUGUAGAGCAACGCUAACCGUUUUGCAGCUUUGAUGAUCACGUUUGUGAUAUUUUGUGAUAUUCCAUAUUAUUGGGAAAAUGUUCUAGUACAGGAACUGAUUUCAGUGGAAAUUCUGACUUGACUGCUGUAAUGUGUGACAACUUCAGAACUCACUGCUGUGACAUUACACGUGUUAAAAUUGUGUGUCGUGCCCUUGUAAAAGCUACUUCUGAGUAAAAAGCCUUCUCACCACUUUAUUUGCCUUUCAGAAAGAAAGCAAUAUGAAAGGAGCUUGUUGAAAGGAUCAGUCUCCUUCACUAGCAUUUAACCUCAGUCACAUGGAUUUUCCAGUUUUUAUUGUUUCUCUCUGCAGGUGAGGAACUUAAAAUGGAGAUUAGGUGUGACAUCCUCCUUUUAUAACGGGGAUGGUUAAAUAUUAUGAAGCAGACUUGCGUGAAAGGAGAGAAGCUGUUAUAAAUACGGUUCACCUCUUGUAGAAUGUCAGCAUGAGAUGUUUCCCUUUGCGCAGGGAACAUGUAGUUUUUUGAUUUGAGAUAUAUCCUGUAACAGAUAAUGAAUGAAUGUGGCACUUACCUCUCAUGAAUGCUGCACAUUGUCCACCACUGGACUAUUUUUUGAUGCACACAGUGAUCACACUCAACUAUUUGUUAUGCUAUGAUUCACAGACUGAGCCAGCAGGUGGUUAUAAAAGGGUGUGUGUGUGUGUGUGUGUCCGCGUGUGUGCGUGCAUGUGUGUGUGUGUGUUACAGCAUUGUCAACAGCUUUUAUUGAUUUGUAUUAUUGCUCUGCUUCUUUUACUUCAUACAGAGGUCGGUUCAUUUGCAACAGCUACUUUGUGUCUUGCUCCUGAAUGACCAAUCGUUGAUGGAGCCGUUUGUAGUUUACUUGUCGAUCAGCUUCAAAGGCGUCCUUUCUGUUUUUUGCUCGCCUGUGAGCAUUACAAAGGUGUCGUUUGUGUUUAUGGAGAUGUGGUGACGGCACAUCGUGGUCUGAGCGGAGGCUUUUACUCAUCCUCCACGGCCUGUUCCAGCGGAGGGUCUCUCAGCCUUUUCAUCCCGGCGCCAUUCAGAGAAUCCAGCUCCAGUGAUGGGCCAACUGUGUCUUUUGAAUUCUCCCGUCAGACUGCUUCAAUUCAUUCGUCGCGUUGCCACUCAGUGUGAUCAUUUGUUCCAUGUUGGAACACAUCCGGAUGUUUCCCUCGUAUAAAUUUGGGGUGGUGGUUUUCAAACUUUAUAUGCUUCUGAAUUCAACGAUGCAAUGUCCUAACAUUUUUUUUAAUUUUAUGAAUACAAAUGUUUUUCUGUUGUCACGUUAAACGCUUUCGUUUAUACCUUGAACCUCCCUGAGUUGUGUCUCGGUUGGCUGGAAAACAAAGAAGGUGCAGAGCUUUGUAUGGCAGAAAAGGCGUCAGCCUUGUUGUUUAAUGGGGCCUUAUGGAAACACAACCUUCUUGCAGAAAAGUGACCAAUUCAUUACUGUAUGUAGGUCAACACUGUGUACUAGAAGACUUACUACAUUGUAUUUAGCACUUUCUUGAAUGUCUCCACUGCAAACUGUCGACUCAACUUGCUUUCCAGCACACAUCCAGGUGGUGUUUGCUUUACAGGUGUAUGACAUGCACAUAAGAGAAUGUACACAGCACACACUGUAUCGAAUGCCUUCUUAGUGGAGCUCACAUGAGUACCAGCCGUUGCUGAAUGACCUGUUCGUACAGCCUGUCACUCUACUGAAUGGAAGACGGCAAACGCAUUGCACACAUGCAGCACCACGGCCAAGUAGUGUAACGAGUUUUUGUUGUAAUGUAAAUCAAACAGAUAACAAAUGUGUCAUUAUCUCUACUAAUGUGAAACACUGUAACAGUAAUGUACACACAGAAUCAAUAGCAUGAGCAACUUCAUUUCGCUGUACUGCCAUUGUAAAAAUAAUAAAAUAUUGAUAUGUUAUGUA